GAAUGUUUUGGUGAUGAUGUGGCUAUGCUCUGCCAUCCAUCCGAGGAAAUAUAUCAUUUAAAAAGCACAAACAUUCACCUGGGAAGCAACCGCACAGGGCCGGCUUUAUGUUCAGCCGUCUGGCCACAGUCCUCCAGGAGCUCUCCGGAGAGGAGGGACCAGAUGGAGAUCCGCAGGGCGAGCUGGUGCCUCAGCUCCCGGCCGAUGAGGGCCCGGCUCCCGAGGAGUCACCGGAGGAGGCCGUCGAGAGGCUGGCUCACCUGGAACAGCUGGUUGUCCAGCUGAAGGAGCUCAUCCGAGACAAAGACACUCAGCUGUUCAACAAAGAUGCGCAGCUCAGGAACGAGAAAGAAGAAGCCGAGGCUCGCUUCACCAAGCUCAAACUGCAAGCCAAAGCCAAGAUGGUGACACUCAACAAACAGAUAGCAGAUUUGAGAGGACAAGCCGGAGCGACACAGAGUCCGGACGUCUCUUUCACCGAGGCCGGCGCCGCGGUCGAGGAGGAGCUGCAGGAGCUGAAGAACAAGCUCAGCGCCGAAGAGGCCCAAAGCGGAGAGCUCCGGGAGCGGCUCCGGGCCGCGGAACAGCUGCUUCAACGGGAGCAGUGCGCCCACGCCGAACAGUUGGGGACGCUACAGGCUGUCGUCUGUGAGAAGGACGUCCGUUUCCAAGAACAGAUCCAGAAACACGAGGAAGAGCUGCUGAGGGUCGCUGCACAGUCUCAGGUGGGCGGCGAGCUGCAGCAGGCCCUGCAUGCAGCACAGCGGCGCUGUGAAGAGCUCGACGGAGCCUUAAACUCUCGCUCCCAAGUUCUGGAAAUGCUGCAGCAGGAAGUGAGCAGUGCCGAUCAACAAAAACAGAUCUUGACUGCUCAGUUCCGGCAGAUGGAGCAGCAGCUGGCCGAGGCCCUCCAGCGGAGGGACGAGGAGAGGCAGCAGUGGGCCGAACAGGCCAGCCGGGCGGAUGCGGAAAUCGCGGCCCUCCGAGGCGGCUUGGGGGAGCUGGAAAGAGAGAGGGCGGCGGGGCAAGAGGGCGAGCUGGAGUCCCUGAGGGAGGCGGAGCUGGCGAGUCGCGAGGCUCUGGUGGAGCAAAAGAUGGAAGUUGCCAGGCUGGAGAGGGAGCUGGCUCUGACGAAAGAGGCCUCAGAGAGCGACGCGGCGGAAAUAGUUCGGCUGCAGAGGGACCUCGCGUCCGCGAGGGACGAAGUCGUCCUCGCCAGCCGGGACGCCUCCGAGAGGGAGACGUCGCAGGUCGACACGCUGGAGCGAGAGCUGGCCUCGCUCAGAGAGGAACACCAAGACGCCCGGAGGAAGGCUGAGAUCUUGGCUGAAAUUUGGGCCCCUCUUCGGUCCCUCGCGCUCCAAGAAGAAGAAGAAGAAGAAGAAGCAGCAGUGGACGGCGUCCCCCUCCCCGAUGACCUUUCGCUGCUCCUGGGCGCCGUGCAGACUAUUGAGACGCAGAUGGCGAGGCUGAAGGAUGAGCGCAGCGAGAGAGAGGAGUAUUGCGCCGAGCUCACCCACACCAUGGGAACCCUUCAGGAACAACUCGACAGACGAAGCGCUGAAGAGGAGGAAACCACUGCCAGGAUACAACGGCUGCAGGAUCAAAUUGUAACGGCAUCUGAAAAGGAGGAUGUGACUGACUCAUCAGAGGAUUCUGAAGAUAAAAAAGCACACUUAAUGGAACUGGAGCAGCAGCUUCGAGAAAAAGACACCGAGCUGGUCGCCUUGCGCGAAUCCCUCAGACUGGCGAUCGAGCAAAGCUCCAGCGGAAGACCCGACCUGACUCCAGAUGACGCUCAGGGUGCCAGCACAGCACCCCGUGACGGUUCAACGCCCCCCCCUGACUUAACGGAGGACACACAAGAAGAUGAGAACACCUUAGUUGCUGAGGACACCUCGGUCCUCUCCGUUCCUGCCGAUAGUGAGAGCAGCCCGGAGCUUAUCGGACACCAGUCCGAGUCUCCAGAGCCCCCAGAAGAAUCCAAGGGGGCCUCCUCGGAUGAAAUGGUGGCCAGUAGUGAUUCCGAGGUGGCCCACAGCAGCUGGACCCUGUUGGAGGCUAUGAAUCAAGAUGGAGGAGGCCAGGAGUGGCCGUCCAUCACGCAGGACUUUGGCCAGCUGCAGCUGCAGUCCUGGGAGGCCACAAGCAUGGAGCAGGAAACCUCCACGGUUCAAGUGGAGUCCUCCUCUGUCAUCAUCCGAGAGACGGUACAGGUCCACGUCACUCACCAGGGUUCUUCCACCACCAACGGUGCCGUGGCCUCGGGCCAGGUCUUCGCUCAGGCCUUAGCGGAGGAGCUCCAGAGGAGGUACAGUGAGCUUUUGGCUGAGCUUCAGAUACUCAGGGAGGCGGCCGCAGAGUCGCAGAAGAAAAUCAAGAACCUGGAAGAAGACGCACAGUCCCUCGCCGCCGCGAAAGACGAGGCAGAGGCCCAGGCCGGUCAUUUUAUGGAGGAGCUCAAGUCAGCCAGAGAGGAGUCCGACAAGCUCUCUCAGCAACUCCGCUCAGCGGAGGAGCAACACGGCGUUGAAAUGCAGCGCCUCGAAGAGCAGAUCGGCAUUUUAAGCACUGAAAGCACAAUCAAGGAGGAGACCAUCCAGGCACUGCAGACCGACCUGGAAACGUCCCGCCAAGCUUUCUGCGAGCAGGAGGGCCAGGCGAGGAUGCUGAGUGCACAGCUGGAGGACCGAGCGCUCCUCUCCUCCGAGCUGGAAAGGAAGCUUCAAGAGGUGGAAAACAGCUUGCUGGCUUACUCUCAAACGUCAGAGCUCAACAGGGACACUUUGUCCCAGAGGGACACGGAGAUCAGCGAGCUCCACGUCCGCCUCAGCCAAAAAGAGCAAGAGGCGACGGAGCUCAACGACAGCAUGACUGCCAAACUCCUCCGAGCAGAAGAAGAGAAGUUCCAGGUGGAAGGGGAGGUCAAUAAACUGAAGGAGCAGAUAGUGGACCUGGAGAACGCCAGAGAGGAGAAUCCGAUGGCGAGUGCCGAGGACUCGGCCGCCCACGUGCACGGGGAGCUGGCCAGUGUGCGGACGGAGAAAGCGCUGCUCGAGGCCCAGCUGGUGAACACCAAGAAGAAGCUGCAGGCUGCGCUUGUGCAGCGCAAAGAGCUCUUGAGGAAGGUCGCCGGUUUUGAGGAGGGAGCAAAGGCACAGACGGAGCGAGGCGAAGCGGCAGACGGAGGGAGUCCCGACAUUCCCGAGGCGGAACAAUCGAGAGGGCCAGACGUCCAGGAAGCGGAGGCCAAAGUCGCCGAACUCCAGCAGGCUUUACGAUCCAAAGAAGAGGCGCUCGAGGCUCUUGAGCUGAAAGUGAACCGGCAGGAUCAAGCCCUCAACGAGACCCUCGCCCUGAAUCGAAAGCUAACCGACGCAGCCGCAGACUCCCAGCGGGCCGACGCGCUGCGAUCCCAGGUGGCCUCGCUUGAAGCCGAGUGUGAGAGCCUUCUGAAGAAGGUUCAAGAGGCGCAGGAAUCUCGCAAGGAAACCAUCCGCAAAGCGAAAGAGAAAGACCGGCACCACCGCGAGCAGCUGAAGCAGCAGAAGGAGGAGUACGGCGCGCUGGUGGAGCGCUUGGAGGUGCAGGGCGGCGAGCGAGAGGUGCUGCUGACUAGAGUGACGGAGUUGGAGGAGAAAGCGGCCGCGGAGAAGGAACCGCAUCGGGAGACCGGGCAGAGUGCGGAAAAGCAAGCGGCCGGGGACUGGGUCCAGGAGGACUGGGUGGACUUUGCAGAGGCGGAGUCCGCGGAAGCCCCGCGAGGCGAGGUCCGGUCCGUGCGGCACGCCAACGCGGAGCUGGAGGCGCGGCUGCGGGAGGCCCUGAGCAGCUUGUCUCUGAAAGAGACCGAAUUGUCGGGCGCGGGCAAAGAGCUGCUCGCGCUGCGAGGGAAGGAGCGGCAGAUCGACGCCCUCUCGGAGGAAAUUCGCGACCUCCGAGAAAAGCAUCGCCAGGCCGAGUCUUACGCGGAAUCCCUCAGGGCGGAGAUGGAGGCGGACGCGGCGGCUGCGGACUCCGCGGCCUCCGUCGCGACUCUUCGGGCCGAGGUGCAGGACUUCAAGCGGUUCCUCGACGACAAGAACCGCGAGGUCGCGGAGCUGAGCCAGCAGCUCGGCGAGCAGAGCUCUCUCAUUCGCUCGAUGCGGGACGCCGUGUCUCAGAAGGACGAGCUAAUCGCUGCCUUGCAGGACGAGCUGAAGGCCGAGCAAGAGAAGGCCCAAAGGGUCGAGGAUGAGCUUCCACAGAAGCAGGAGGACGGAAAAGACAGCGAGGCCAAGAUCCAGCAGCUUCAGCGAAAGCUCCAGGCGGCCCUGAUCUCUCGCAAAGAUGUCUUGAAGGAAAACAAAACCCAGAAGGAAAAACUAGCCUCAACGGAGACGCUUUUAGCUGAGCUGCGGCAGAAAAUGGAGUCGGGAGAAGACGAGCUGCAGAAGCUCAGAGCGGAAAGAGUUAAACUGAUUGACGAGGUCGACCGGACGCUGCUGGAAAACCAAAGCCUGGGCUCAUCGUGCGAGAGCCUCAAGCUGGCCAUGGAGGGCAUACUGACCGAGAAGGAUGCCUGGAAGAGAGAAGUGGAGCUGGCGAAAGAAGAGGCGGCCAGAGCCCGCGGAGAAUGGGAGGACAAGGUCCAGGGCAUGAAGGACGAGUACGAGACGCUGCUCAAGUCGUACGAAAACGUGAGCGACGAGGCGGAGCGAGUGAGGCGCGUCCUGGAGGCCGCCAGGCAGGAGAGACAAGAGCUCCUGACCAGGGUGAGGACACAGGAGGCCGCCAGGCAGGAAGCCGAGGGACGGGCGGAGGAGGCACAGAAAGAGGUGAGUUCGGUGAAGGACAAAAUGAGAAAGUUCGCCAAAACGAAGCAGCAGAAGAUCCUGGAGUUGGAGGAGGAGAACGAGCGACUCGGAGAGAUGCAGGACAAGAACGUGAUCAAACGAGAGGGCCGGGCUCUCAAGGUUGAGGUGGAAAGACUUCAAGAAGAGACGGGGGCAUUGAAAGCGGCGUUGGAUGCUGCUGUGGCAGAAAAGAACUCCUUAGGGCAGCAGAUUGAGGAGUUGAGGGAGCAACUGGCAAGAGAGAAAGAGGACGGUGUAGUCGAAGCUCCUUUGCUUAGCUCUGCACCGGGUGCAGAAGAGGUGGCGCAAGCCCAGCAGUCCGACGUAAUCCCGACCAAAGCAGAGCCCGUACAGAGUCAAUGUGAAGGAGGAGAAGAAGAAGAAAUACAAUCCACUCGUGAAGAGACACCAGCCGACCAAACUGCACCAGAAACCCACGAGCCGAGUGAGGAAAACGAACGGGCAGAAAUGAGGGAAAGUGUUGAGGUUUUAUUAGAGAACAAGAUGAGGGAGAUGGAGGCAGCGGCCAAUGCAGAAAGGGAGCUGUGGCGGGAACAGGAGGCCGGACUCCGAGCCCAGCUGGCUUCUCUAGAGCGAGAUCUUCGGGAGAGCAAGGAGAAGGAGGGCGUCGCGGCGGCGCUGGAGAAGUGCAUUCAGGAGGGCAGAGAGCGAGAACGGCGUCUGGCCGAAGAGGCGUCGGAGAGGGAGGCCCGGGUCGAGGAGUCGCUCCGGCGCCUCGAGGCCGACAAAGACAACCUGGAGGAGCGGCUGAUGAACCAGCUGGCCGAGCUCAACGGCAGCAUCGCCGGCUACCAGCAGGAGGCGGCCGACUACCGGGAGCGCCUGGCCGAGCUGCAGCGCGAGGCGGAGAGGUCGGCGAGGGAGCGCGCCGGGCUGGAGGCCGAGGCCCAGAGCGAGGGCGACCGGGCCGCCCGGCUGGAGGAGGACAUGCGGCAGGCCCGGAGGGAGCGGGCCGAGGCCGACGCCGAGGCGGGCAAGCGCAGGGAGCUGGAGCAGCAGCUGCGGUCGGCGCAGAGGGUCCGAGAAGGCAGCCAGAGCCGAGCGCGUCAGCUGGAGGAGCUGCUGAGGGAGAAGCAGCUGGAGGUCCGUCAGCUGCAGCGGGACUGCAUCAAGUACCAGGAGAGGAUCAGCGAAGUGGGCAGAGAAGCCAAGUCGCUGCAGGUAGCCCACGACGAGCUCGCCGGCCAGCUGGCACGAUGCCGACUGGAGGCGUCCGGGGCUUCCGAAGACCUGACCCGGUGCCAAGCGGAGCUGGCGGGCUGCAGGUCCCAGCUGGAGCGGGCCGAGAAGCGGGCGAGCGAGGGCGCCGCCGCGGAGGCCGCCGCCGCGCAGGCCGCCCAAAGGAGGGAGGCGUCGCUGAAGGCCGAGGCGGAGCAAACCCUCGACUCGGUGAGGUUCAGGCUCGGAGCCGAGCUGAAGGAGAUGGAGCUGAGGCUGGAGGAGGCGGACAGAGAAAGGGACAGGGAGGAGGAGGCCACCCUGGAGGCCCGAGAGAUCGCGGCGGGAGCCGAGAGACGCGCCCAGGAGAUGCAAGCCCGUCUGGACGAGUCCCUGGCCAGGCUCGCCGCCUUCUCGCGCUGCAUGUCCUCGCUGCAAGACGACCGGGACAGAGUUCUGGACGAGACGCGACAAUGGGAGACUCGCUUCAAUGACGCUCUGAAGAGCAAGGAGGCCGAAGUUCGAGAGGCUGACACGAGGGCCAAGGGACUGGCGGAGCAGCUUCAGAGGGAAUCUGCGCUGAAAGAUGGACUCCAGCUUUUAGUGGACAGACUCGAGAAAGCAGACAAAGACUGGCAGCUGAAACUGGCAGAGGAGGUAAAGAAAGCGGCAGCGAGCCAAGCGGACCUGGAGGCGGCGAGCGGCAGGCUUCAGCAAACCGCCAGCGAGGCGCAGGCGGCGCAGCGCGAGGCCCGCGCCCUGCAGGCCGAGGCGGAGGGUCUCCACCAGAGGGCCGGAGCUCUGGAGGAGGCCGUGGGCCGGCUGCAGGGCGAAGCGGACCGGGCCACGGCCGAGCUGAGGGAGCGGGAGGCGGAAGAGAGGCGGCUGUGUCUGAACGUGGAGCAACUGGAGACCGACCUGCGCGCCUCGAAGGCCUUGACGGAGACUCUGCAGACCGAGUUGAACGGGAAGGAGCGGAGGGAGGUGGAGAUGCUGGGGGAGAAGGAGCACGCCGUGACCCAGGCCGCGGAGGAAGCUCGAAAGGAGGCCGACGGCAGGGCCAAAGGAGCCGAGGAGGAGCUGGAGACGAGGAGGGGGGAACUGCGGGAUCUGGAGGAAAAACUGCGGAAGGCAGAAGAAGAGAGCAGCAGCCGCAAAGCCAGACUGGACGCUUUCACCAAAGCCAUGAGCUCCCUGCAGGACGACCGAGACCGAGUCCUCAACAUGUACAAGCAGCUGGAGGAGAAACACCUGCAGGUGAUGAUGGAGAAAGACGCUCUGAUCCAGGAGGCCGCGGGGGAGAACAACGGCCUGAAGGAGGAGCUGCGCUCGCUGCUCGUCCAGCGGGACGACCUGUACGCGGAGAGGGCCCAGCUGUCGGCUCAGCUCCACGGCUACCGCCACGAGCUCACCCAGGUGCUGAGCAUGAAGGACUCGCAGCACAAGCAGCUGCUGGCCGCCCAGCGCCAGCGGAUCGCCUCGCUGGAGAGAGAGCGCCAGCGGUGGGAAGGUCAGGCGAAGAGCGUUGGCGGCGAGGGGGAGGCGCCGGUUGCGGCGGAGGCGGAGACUCUCAGCCGCGCCGCCGACCUCGGCCGGCCGGCGCCCCGGGCGGCGGACGCCCCGGGGGCCGAAGUGGAGAAGCUGAGGGAGCAGCUGCGGGCGGCGAGGGAGCGAGCGGCGGCGUUGGAGGAGAGCCUGCGGCAGGAGCGGCGGGCGCAGGAGAGCGGCGGCAAGGAGCUGGCCGAGCUGCGCUGGGAGGGCGGCGUGAUGCGGACCGAGUCGGAGACCGCUCAGGAGCGCGUGGCCGAGCUGGCCCGGGACCUGCUGGCCGUGGAGCAGAGCCUGCUGGAGGAGCGGGGCGUGGCGGCGCGGCUGAGGGCGGAGAACCAGUCGUUCUCCAGGGCCAUGGCGUCCCUCCAGGACAGCAGGGACCAGGCGGUGAGCCGGGUCCAGGAGCUGAGCCUGAGGCUGGAGGAGACCGGCAAGGCGGGCGGCGCCGGGGGCUCCGCCGGCGAAGUGUGGGGGCUGAAGAACGCGCUGCAGGCCCUGCAGAACGACCGGGAGAGGCUGCUGGAGCAGCUCCAGGCCCAGUCGUCUGAGGUCAAGGCGCAGAAGUCCGAGCUGGCUCGACUGGGAGCGGGGGAGCUGAUCAAGGUCAGCCAGGAGCUGAUCGAGGAGAAGGCGAAGAGCGAAGACCUGCUGGGCGACGUCGAGCAGCUGGAGAACGUGGUGGAAAUGGGCAAGCGGGAGAUCGAAACUCUCCGACUGGAGCGCGUCGACUGGGUGGCUCAGGCGGAGCAGCUGAAGCAGCAGACCCUCGCCACGCUGUCGGAGAGGGACCAACAGGUGCGGCAGCUCGCCGCCAUGCUGGAGGAAGCUCGCGCUCAGAGGCCCAAACUCCAGCAGGAACAGUAUCAGAGAGAGGCCUCGGAGGAGCUGGGCAGCGCUCCGGGAGCCCCCCAGGAGCGGAGCAGCGCGGGGGUCAGCGGCGCCUACGUGGCCGAGGUCAAAGAGCUGCAGAGAAGGCUGGGGGAGGAGGUGCAGCAGCGGGUGGCCGCGGAGGAGCAGCUGACGCUCACGCAGGAUCGGCUCAAACGCCAGGCUAAGUGGCCCUCGGCACAAGACGGCGACCCCCCCGAUACCGCGCUUCUGAUCGAGCCGGAAGGAGUCGUCACUCGCACUCGGAGAGGCGGGCCGGGCCUGGUGCGGAUGCUGCGCGUGGCGUUCUGCUCCCGUCAGCGCACGCCUCUGCUGUUCAGCCUCUACCUGCUCACCGUGCACGCGCUGCUGCUGCUGUGCCUGGGCGGAUACCUCUGAGGCCGACGCCCCCCCCUACCCCCCCCCGCCCCCCCCCACCCCACCCCCCUGAUUUUUAAAAGACGAAAAAAAAGAAAUGACGGAUAAGAUAAGAGAGGAAAUGGAAAAUGCGACGCACACAGCUGACCCGAAGCUCAGUUGUGUUUUUAUUGGUUGCGUGUGAUGGAAUGUUGAAAGAUGUUCUUCAAAGGAACGUUGCACUUUACGGGACUUUACAUCUUUUUAGCCAAAGUGUGUGUCGAUUUAUGGAGGAGGGCUGCAGUCCUUGGUUUUUAAAUGUGUCGCUCUCGUAGCGACUUUGGAGCAGAGGCCUGACGUUCUUCCUGAAUAUCUAUGGUUUCAUGGUGGAAACGUAGAGUCACAAUCAUUGGUGUCGGUUGGCUGGGUUUCUCGCGUGCCUUUUUUUUUUUUUGUUGAUCAGGACAGAAAAGGGGUCACUACGUCGAAGCAAAGCGCUGACAUCCUGGGGGGCUGGUUACGCUAAAAGCCCCCCCCCCCCUCCCGCUAA